AGUUGCACAAAGUGCACGAGACAAAAAGGCCUAACGAUUUAUUUGUGUAACAUUGCUGGCCCAGAGACGACCGACGACCGUUGUGCCAUGGCGCUGCAGCUGCAAAUUGAGAAGCUAAAAGGUUUGGAUAAUUACAAGGCUUGGUCAAUGACAGUGCGCGCGUAUUUGGAGUCUGAAGAUCUCUGGAGCGUGGUGGAAAAUGGACCAGAGAACAGCGAAGAGUCGCUGCUGAAGGAUAAGCGUGCCAAGUUUCUAAUACUCUGUUUGAUUGAGACGAAGCUUUGCCAGUUUAUGGUAAGCAUACGCACAGCUCGAGAUCUUUGGAACUAUUUGCGCACUCAGCACUCGUUACGUUAAGGCCAGGUGUAAAACAAUUGAGACAUCAAAUAAAUCAACAAUA